CCGACCCACACCAUCUCGAUCGCCCACUUACGCAUGAUCACAGCCACAUUCCUCCCGCCAUCUUGCCCAAACUACAGGUUGCGUCUUGCCCCCUACUCGUCUCGUUACCACCAACCUCAACUCAGGUUUCACCAUUUCUGUUAUGUCUGCCGAUAUGCAACCGAUAGAACUCAUUGUAUCGCACCGUGGUGUACAACACCGCCUCUCCUUGCUGCCAAAUGAUACCAUUGCUCUCCUGCAGGCUCGUCUGGAAGAGCUCACGUCCGUACCUCCAUACCUCCAAAAGCUGUUGUUCAAGGGCAAGAAAGCCAAUAUCCAGGAAACAGACACGCUUUCACUCGCUGGGUUCAAGAAUGGCACGAAAGUCCAGAUGUUAGGCUCGACGACGGAGGAGCUGGGCCGCACGCUCUCAGCAGACACUGAACAUCAGAGGAAGGAGCGAAUAUUGCGGGAGAGGGCACUGAAGGCUCCUGUCAAGGUCCGCUCUACCUCCUCGCCCUCCACAUCUUCCCAAUACACCUUCAAUCGCAUCGAGCCCCUUGCACACCUCCCCGAGCCCGCCUCCGCUCGGGCGCUUUUGACGCGGCUCGCGAAUGACCCUGCAAUCCGGCACGUCAUGCAGAGGCAUCACCUCGCCGUCGACCUCUUGACGGAGCUGGCGCCGCACGAGCAGCCGCACCUCCUCGGACUGAACGUUAACGCAGGCCAGGCGAUCAAACUCCGGUUGCGCACGGACCGGUAUGAUGGGUUCCGGCUGUAUAGCGAGGUGCGGAAGGUGCUGUGUCACGAGUUGACGCACAACGUUUGGCAAGAUCAUGACAACAACUUCAAAGAGAUGAACUCCCAGCUGAAUCGCGAGGUCGCGGAAUUCGAACGCGCUGCGACGGAGGGGACGCACCAUCUCGUUGGGUCCGGUGAUGCGUACCAGCCAUCGUCAGAGCUCGAGGCAGAGGCGCAGACGUACAUUCUCGGCGGCACGCCGAUCUUGCCGGGCGACGAGUCGAGGGAGGAAAGGCGGCGGAGGCUAUUAGAAGCGACCAUGAAACGUUUGCAGAAGGAAGAGGAGGAACUAGAGGAAAGAUGUGGCACCACUGCCUCGUAGUCCAAUUGCUUGUAGUAUAGUCUUUGUGUAGCCAUUAGUAUACCAGGUCUGUUGAGGUCUAAGAGGUACAAAAACAACAAAUAUGUCGAGCGU